CCUGGCCAGCUCUGUUUCUGCUCUUGACUACUCACACACUCGCUGCGCCGACAUGUUCUGCACCACUCUUUCUGCAGCAGCCAUCUUGACUAUCUUCUUGACCAUCCAGCUCGUCCACGCAGAUACAAACACCACCGUUGACGAUGAUAAUCCGUCUAUCUCCUAUACCAAUGGCGCAAGUGGAGCCAUACCUUGCGAAGUCGAUGAUAACGGUCAACUCAUCGGCGGACAAGCUGGUUGUUUCAAUACGCUCCCACACAACUGCACGGACCAUUUCGGGUGGUCGAAGGGAGAAGGAAACGGAGCCUCCCUCAAGUUCAACGGAACGGCCAUUAUCGUCUCAGCUCUCCUCGACGACGGUUCCAAUCUGUUCAACAUCACGUUAGACGGUGUGACUACGUCCGUGGACGGUGCUCGCCUUUCUGGUCCAUUCCUCUGCGACACGCUUUUCUCGCAAAGCGGACUUGACGGAACCAAAGAACACGAAAUCAGCGUGAUCAUAGGCGGUCCGUCGCCUACUGCAAACUCAACGCUGCAAGACUCUUCGCAAUGGUCUCUGCUAUUAGACAAUUUUAUUGUCACCGAGUCAGAUGGCACGGCUGGCGGUAAUUCCAGCGUUGUCAGUGCAUCGAGUACCGCGUCAACCGCUGCCUCAACGUCCUCCUCGAGCAUGCAAUCUAGCAAGGCUUCACAAGCCGUAGCUCAUUGCGUCUUGGUUCUUAUCGUUAUGCUGGUCGCAGGGGCCCUGUCUAUUUGAGAGUCUAAGGACGAUUUCAUCGUAUGUUUAUCCGAGCUGAUCGCGUUGUCUGUCUAUCUACCAUGGUGUCAAGGGAAUUGACUUAUGUCCUCAUUUUUC